AUGGCAGAGACAGAGCUUGGCGAUGAAGCUUUGGUGUUCGACAACGCGCCACCUGGUGGAGAAAAGGAUGAAGUGCAGGUCACAGUCAACUACGACCUAGCUAUGAAGUACCUGGGCGGAUUUGGACCGUGGCAACGGAGGAUUUUCCUUCUCCUCUGCCUGCCUGUUGGUGUCGGUGGCUUCCAGGUAUUUGCUAUCGUCUUCCUCGCCGUCGAGCCCGACUUCCACUGCCGGGUUCCCCAGGCCAGCUUCUCGGGGCUGAACGCGACCCCGGCCGAGCUGCUGAACGCCACCAUCCCCUGGGAGCUGAAGGACGGGGAAUGGAGACGGAGUCAGUGCAAACGUUACAGCUAUAAUUUUCCCAACGCUACCCACAACGUCACCUAUCGAGACUUUGUUGAAGCACAUCCAGUGGCCAACCGGACCCAGAUCAAGUGUGACCGGGGGUACGAGCACGACACGUCCGAAUACAAGAGCACUGUCGUUACCGACUGGGACCUUGUCUGUGACAGCAGUUGGAAAGUGAGCAUGGCGAAGUCUGUGUGGUUCGCUGGGUUCAUGGUUGGAGCCGUGUUUGGCGGGCAUGUGGCAGACAGCUGUGUGUCCGGUAUCGUCUGCGCUUUCUCGCCAAACUACGCUGCCUUCAUAGCCUUCCGCUUCUUCAUAGCCACAAGUACCAUGGUCACCUUUCUGGCUGCUUUUGUGAUGAUACAAGAGCUGGUUUCCGCCGACAAACGCAGUUUUACAGGGAUGGUCUUUUGGAUCUUCGCCGCUCUCGCGCAAGCAAUUCUCGCCGCGAUCGCCUACUUCAUACGGACCUGGAAAUGGCUUCAAGUCGUCAUCACUGUGCCGACACUCCUCUUCAUCUCUUUCUGGUGGCUUAUCCCCGAGUCCCCACGUUGGCUGAUCUCAAGAAGUCGUCACAAAGAAGCGGCGGCCAUUUUGCGGAAAGGCGCGACGGUUGCCAAGGUUACGCUACCAGACGAAGUUUUCCAUGACAACAUUCCUUUGACCCAGGAUAAAGAUCAGAAGAAGACGAAAGAGAAGGUCUACACGUUUAUCGAUCUGUUCAGAACCCCGAACCUUCGGAAGUGGACUCUCAAUAUCUUCUUUCUCUGGAUCGUGAACACCCUGGUGUAUUAUGGGAUAUCCCUGAACCUCUCCGCCCUGAGCGGAAAUGUUUACCUCAACUUCGCCAUUUCCGGUCUCAUCGAGAUCCCGGCCAACCUCCUCCCGAUCUUCCUCCUCAAUAAGUUCGGCCGACGCUGGCCUCUGUGUGCGCUGCUUCUGGCUGGUGGUGUUGCCUGUAUUGUGGCCUUCUUCAUCCCCAAACACCUUGGCUGGAUGACCACGACCCUGGCUAUGAUCGGGAAGUUCUGCAUCACCGCUUCCUUCGGCGUGACGUACGUCUUCUCGGCAGAGAUAUUCCCCACAGUUGUCAGGCAAAUCGGCAUGGGUAUGUCCUCCAUGAGCGCUCGCGUCGGAGGUAUAGCCGCCCCGUUCGUGAAUUUGCUAGGCCGUCAUUGGGCGCCGAUGCCUUACGUCAUCUUCGGAGGAACGUCGAUCGCCGCCGGACUGCUGACGCUGCUGCUACCGGAAACGGCUGGAAGGAAACUUCCGGCUACCAUCGAAGAGGGAGAAAACUUUGGAAAAGGGGAAGGCAUUGUGAACGAGGAAUGAUGAAAACAAAGUGGAAUCAUACGAAAGCCCACAAGGACAUUUCGUAGCCUCUGCUAAAAUACCAUUUGUAGCCUCUGAGGCCUAGGCUACCAAACAUGUUCCUAUGGGCCUUCGUACAAUCUCCUUGGUACAAUCAAGAAGGUUGACCAGCUCUAACUUGGGUGCUUCUACUUUAUAGUAUAUACUAACAUUGCGACAUAAAUUGCAAUCGCGUCACCUAUUGAUAACUCAUAGUACUGCAAGCUUGACACUGUCUGAUAUGUGAUGAAUCAUCCUGCAUUUGCCUGCAAAUGCUGCCUUUCUAAUUUGAUUCCUACAUUCUGCUCCCAAAUAGAAAUAUAAUACUUAAUCUUAGCGAUGGCAUCACUGGGUUCUGAGAUUGUUUCAAAGGCUUAAACCUAAUCAGAUUUACCAAAAGCCUUUCCAGAAAUAGAUUUGACACUAACUGUUCUCUGACGCCAUACCUGAUUAGCAUUGGGUUCGAGUCUGAAAGGCCAUGUGGACGCACGAACAAUCCUCGGCGGUGAUAUAUUUCAAAUUUCCGUGAGA